AUGACUUGUCAACAUUGCCAGCGGCCUGGGUUCGGUCCCACGGCUAUUAUUUGUGCAUCGAUCGCUAUUGUUUCCUCCGCGGGCACUCGACGGCCUGUGGGUGUCGUCCUUGUUAGUGCGCCGAGGGCUCUCAAGGUCUCCCGAAGUACGACCCGAGGAUGCCUGAGCCAGCACCCCCUUCCCCAUUGGCUGCGAGACAAGAGGGCGGAUUGGGCGGCGGACAAAUCCUUCACGUUUCCUCCCACGCCGCCGACGGACGCCGCCCCAGAAGCACCACCCCCCGACUGGGGAUCCCACCAGCUGGGGAUGUUCAUCCACCCCCAGGAACACGCACCCGCGCCCCAGCAACAGUGCGACGUCAAGCCCAUGCUAGGGGGCCAGCAGAAGCCUAGGGAAGGUCCAGUCGGAAGCUACGUCGGUUACCACCAGGACUACCACUACAACUCUUAUGGCCUCAUGUUUCACGAGAAACAGGGUAGCCAACCUUCAGCCUCCCCUCAGCCGCAGGGCUCCCAACAGAACAGGACGAAGAGCAGAACAUCCGCCGGUAGGGAGUCACUGUUUGUCCCUAACAGAGAAAGGGGGUUUGCCACUCCACAAAAAUAA